GAUGUUCAUGUGUUCUGUUGUGUGCGAGUGGGUUUGACAAUGUUAUUGAAGGCUGUUCAUGUAUUGGUUACUGCUGUUGUCUGCAAAAUGCCGCGCUGUUCUGGCCAAUGUGGGAUGGGGGGAGGAACAGGUGCGGGAGGAGAUAAGAGGGAUGACAGGUGGGCGUGUUGUUUUAGAUUCUGUUGGCACGGGACACGGAAUGCCCCGAGGGAAUGUUGUUACUGUUUUCAGUUUGCUAUUUCAUUCUCCUGUGAGCACACGGUGCCAGCAGGCCAGCUGCAUGUAUGUUCACACUCAAUAUUCAUGGACAUCGCUCACUCAUGGUCUUAAGUAUUUUGAAGGCCGACAGACUGAAGCGAGCCACAGAGGCAGGCUGGAACUCCAACCCAAUGAGCUCGCAGCCCUCACACUCACACACACACUCUCCUCAGUGCCGGCGCUCGUUUCAAGCCUGGGACACAGAAGAAGAGGGAGAGCAGAGAGAAACAGCGAGUGGCAGAGAGGGAGAGUGAGGGUGAGGGAGCAAGAGAGGAGAGAGGGAGAGAGAGGCAGAGGGAGACUGGCGGGGUGUGAGGUAGAGCACCAUGGCUUCAGAUCCGGGGCUGGCUGCGAUGCUGCUAUGGACUAUAUCACUACAUGCUCUGGGCACGGCGGGAACCAGCAGCAAUGAAGUGAAUCUACUGGACACAACGACGAUCACAGGAGACUGGGGCUGGCUAACGUAUCCGUCGCAUGGGUGGGAUGCCAUUAAUGAGAUGGACGAGUACUUCAGUCCCAUCCACACGUACCAGGUCUGUAACGUAAUGAGCCCGAGCCAGAAUAACUGGCUGAGGACGGGCUGGAUCCCCCGAGAGGGAGCCAGGAGGAUCUACAUCGAGGUCAAGUUCACCCUGCGAGACUGCAACAGCAUGCCUGGAGUACUGGGCACCUGCAAGGAAACCUUCAACCUGUACUACUACGAGUCUGACAGAGCGGUGGUCUCGGCCAUACGGGAGAACCAGUUCAUAAAGAUUGACACAAUCGCUGCUGAUGAGAGCUUCACAGGAGUGGACCUGGGAGUGCGCAGACUUAAACUUAACACUGAGAUGCGAAGUGUGGGCCCUCUGAGCAGGCGAGGCUUCUACCUGGCCUUCCAGGAUAUUGGUGCGUGCAUUGCCCUCACCUCUGUGCGGGUGUACUACAAACGCUGUGUGGGUGUGAGCCGUAAACUGGCCGUGUUCACCGAUGUGGUGACGGGGGCUGACUCAUCUUCUCUGGUCGAGGUCAGGGGUCAGUGUGUGGACCACGCUGAGGAAAGAGACACGCCCAAGAUGUACUGCAGCGCUGAGGGAGAGUGGCUGGUGCCCAUUGGGAGGUGUGUGUGCUCCGCUGGAUUUGAAGAGCACAGAGACUCCUGCAUAGCCUGUGAGGUGGGUUUCUAUAAGCCAGCAGCAGGUGAUGGCUUGUGUGGUAAAAGUCCUCAACACAGCCACUCAGAGACCAGAGCCGCCCUUUUCUGCCCCUGUGACUCCAGCUACUAUAGAGCAGUAGAUGACCCACCAGCAGCUCCAUGCUCCCGCCCUCCAUCUGCUCCAGUAAACGUCAUCUCUUCAGUCAAUGGGACUUCGGUGAAUUUAGAGUGGGACCGCCCUCUGGAUACUGGAGGUCGCAGUGACCUGCAGUACAAUGUGUUGUGUCAGAAAUGCUCAGGGGAAGGAGGGCCCUGUGAGGACUGUGCAUCCUCCCCGGGAACUGCUGGUGGAGGGAAGACGGGUGGAGGGAUGAGCAUCGGGGCUGGUGGAGGAGGGAUGGUGGAGCGUAUGGGCACUGCAGUAGUUCGAUUCAUCCCUCGCCAGACUGGGCUGACGGAGCCCUGGGUGACGGUGCUCAACCUGGUGGCCCACACCAACUACUCCUUCCGCAUCCUGGCCAUGAAUGCGGUAACACACCUGAGCAAUGAGCCAACACCUUAUGUCUUGGUCAACAUCACAACAAACCAGGCAGCCCCAUCUGAAGUGUUAGCCAUCCGCCAGGAGAACACCAGUCAGAACAGCGUGACUCUGCUGUGGCAUGAACCCAACCAGCCCAACGGAGUAAUUCUGGAGUAUGACAUCAAAUACUACGAGAAGGAUAAUGAAGAACACAGUUACUCCACUAUGAAGUCUAAAAAUACCAGCGCCCGAGUGUCCGGGCUGAAGCCGGGCACCAAGUACAUUUUCCAGGUCCGAGCCAGAACAUCAGCAGGCUGCGGACGCUUCAGCCAGAAUGUGGAGAUUCAGACUGGUAAAGCAGCUCCUCUGCGCUACAACACCAUGAGCAUCGUCUGGAUCUGCAUGGCCCUGGUGACUGGCCUGGUCACCUUUCUGGCCAUCAUCAUCUGCAGGAAACGGCAAGGCUACACUUUACCACACUACCCAUCGCUGCUACACUGUGGCUACAGCAAAGCCUUCCAGGACUCUGAUGAGGAGAAGAUGCAUUACCAGAACGGUCACGUGUCAUUCCCUGACACGAGGUUCUAUAUCGACCCGCACACAUACGAGGACCCCUGCCAGGCAGUCCACGAGUUUGCCCGAGAAAUUGAAGCUUCCAGGAUCAAAAUAGAGAAAAUCAUUGGUUCAGGGGAGUUUGGGGAGGUGUGUUACGGCCGUAUGAGGCUCCCAGGAAAGAGAGACAUCCCAGUCGCCCUGAAGACCCUAAAGGCAGGAUACACAGAGAAACAGAAGAAGGACUUCUUGGCAGAAGCAUCCAUCAUGGCCCAGUUUGACCACCCCAACGUCAUCCGUCUGGAGGGAGUGGUAACCCAGAGCAAACCAGUGAUGAUUAUCACAGAGUACAUGGAGAAUGGAUCUCUGGACUCCUUCCUCAGGAGACAUGAUGGCCAGUUUACCAUCAUCCAGCUGGUGGGGUUGCUGCGUGGCAUUGCAGCUGGUAUGACCUACCUGUCUGACCUGGGCUACAUCCACAGAGACCUGGCUGCCCGCAACAUCCUGGUCAACAGCAACCUGGUGUGUAAGGUGUCUGACUUCGGCCUGUCUCGAGUACUGGAGGAUGACCCAGAUGCUGCAUACACCACCAGUGUGAGUUUUCACAUCGAGGGUGGGAAAAUCCCAAUCCGUUGGACGGCCCCGGAGGCCAUCGCUUACCGGAAGUUCUCCUCCUCCAGUGACGUGUGGAGCUACGGCGUGGUCAUGUGGGAGGUGAUGUCCUAUGGAGAGCGUCCGUACUGGAACCUCACCAACAGAGAUGUGAUUAAGUCUGUGGAAGAGGGCUACAGGCUGCCUGCUCCUAUGGGCUGCCCUGCUGCUCUGCACACACUCAUGCUGGACUGCUGGCAGAAGGAUCGCAACGAGAGACCACGCUUUUGCCAGAUAGUCACUGUUCUUGACAAGCUAAUCCGCAACCCAGAGAACCUGAAGUCAUUGGACACGCUCUGCAGCAGUUUAAACAGCCCUCCACUGAUGGCGAAAGCUCUGCCCGACUUCAGCAGCUGUAACUCAGUAGACGAGUGGCUGGACACCAUAAAGAUGAGCCGCUACAAGCCCCACUUUGCAGCAGGGGGGUACCACACAGUGGGACACGUCAUAGGCAUGAAUCAAGGGGACAUCCAGAGGCUUGGAGUGACGCUUAUGGGCCACCAGAAGAAGAUCAUGACCAGCGUCCAGCUGAUGAGGGCACAGGUCCUCAACAAGAGUGUGCCUUCAGUGCAUGUAUAACUCCACGCUGAGGUUUCUCUCUACUGAAAUCUAAAGACCGAGGCUUCAAUAAAGUCCAGGGGACUCCAUGGGAAACAAGAUGAUCAGAUAUAUGGAUGGAUGAAAAAUGUGUUUGGGUACUUUAUAAGACUUUUUCCUCCUGGAGAACAAAAUGUGAAAGGUUUUAACUAUGGAACAAGUCAACAUGACUUCUUUUGGACAUGUGCGACCUUUCAUUUUUUCCUAUCCGAUUACAUUUUCUGAGUUUAAAUGUCUUGUUUAUAAAUGGAAAGACUGCCUUAAUUACCACAAAUGAUUUUAAUUUUAUUGUCUACAAAGAGGAGAUAAUUUAUCAAUCAUGACUUUAUCAGUAUCAGUAAUCAGAGUAAUAUGAUUUACUGAAGCAGGAAAUAGCAGUGGUACUUGGAUUGAUGUAGAGGGUGGGGAUGGGGGUGUCUUCACAUGUUACGCUGAUACUUCCAGCCUCUCCUGCAGCACAGUAAGAGCUUGAGGAGAAGGAGUCCCAGAAUGAGGCUCAAGUCAGAAUAAGUGGCAAAAACUGAGACAGGGCUCACCCGAGUUGCCAGAUCGUCUCCACGGUGGAGAAGACCUAUUUCACCCCAGGCUAUUACUAUAAUACAGUACCAACAACAGGCGCACUUCUUCACCGUCCAACCUUGAUGCAUGGCCCCCAGGAGAGUCAGAGCCCUCUGCCCAGCUUGAAGCUGCGUGGCGCACAAAUACUGUACUUGGAAGAUGUGUGUGAUUCAGUUACUGUGCACUUUAUUCUACAAUCUCUCUGUGUUGUUGGUGCAUUGCAGUUCACAUCGCUUCACAGCCACAACUGGAGCCACACUGCUGGCUAGAUAAUGAAUUACAAUGAUUUACUGCAUAAAUAAUUAACACAGUAAAAACCCAAGAAGAAAAAGUUAUAGCUAACAUUCAUUAGUGUUUUAGAUACAUACAAUAAUUUGCUGAUGAGAUUUUUUUUUCCCAAAUUGUCUUUGCUCUGACAGUAAACAGCAGUUAUAUUUAAAUUACAUAUAAUAUGUGCUUAAAUAUGAUUAUAUAAUAAUUCUGGCCAUUUCAAAUAAUGUUCAUCUGAUGCAUUUUCAGUGUGUUGUGGGGUUUCUGCUAUUCCUCUUAUUUCAAAUGUAUUCCAAAUGUGCAGUUAUUUAAAACACAUUUCAAAUGAGGUUUAAAUAUUGAACAAAUAUAUUUUAAAUGCAUUUCAAGUAUUGAAAAUCUGUUUCAGUUUGAGUGUGAAGAUGUCUUCUUGACUUUGGGAAUAGUCAUUUGAUAAAUUGAUUUUAACUGAAGGUUCACUCACUGCCGGUGCAGUUUGCUGGUGACAAAAAGUGGAAUGGGGUUUAAAAUUCUAGAAUGAAAAAGAGUUAGGAUUAUUUUGUCACUUUUCGGUUUUAUAGUUCAAAUAUAUUUGAAAUGGUUUAAAAAUCUAUUUCAGGCUUACUCUUAAAAUAUUACUGUGUAUACCUUUCAAAUUAUGUCAGGCUACAUGCUUUUCACCAAAUACGUUUUGACACAGAAUUACAUUUGAAUCCAUUUUUUUAUUCAUUUAGAAGACCCCACAUAUUGAAAAUGUAUUUUAAAUAUAUGAUGGCCAUAACAUAAUAUCCAUUAACAUUUAGUUUUUGUUUGCUAGCUAAUAGGCUUAUUUAUGCAAAGCAGCUGCUAUUGAUGUUAAGUGAUGCUAACACUAGCUUCCACUACAUUGUCCAUUGUUUUAGCUAGGUGCACAACCAGAGAGUGCCAAUAAGCUACGCAGUCACUGAUGUGUGAAAAAUCAUUAAAAAGAAAAUCAGUCAUGCAUUUGAGAAAAAAAUAUUAAUGAAACCAACACAUGAUGAAUAUCUGCUGAGUUCAGUUUCGACAUUAAACAAGAAGCGGUUAUUGUGAACUCCUGCCAGUGUCCCGCUAAACACCCAGUGUUGGCCUAAUUUGUUUUCAGUUGUGAACGUCAUUAAGGCCCAAAACAGCUGUCACUGGUCCAUUAGUUUAUAUCCCAGUUUCUCCUAAAACAACCCAUGACUGCCAAACCUGGUCAUUUUGUACAAGAUUACACCUAAAAGCUCACAGUUAUUUUAAGGGUGUUUUUUUAAUAAACUCCUACAGAAGCUCGUUUAAUUCAGUGGACCUCACAUUUGGGAUCAGCAUCAGCACUACUAAUAAAUGCAAUAAUCCUGUACCCCAGAGUACACAUCUGAACAUAUUUUUAUUAUGAAUGCUGGGAAUAUAGUACAUAUAAGCUACACAGACUGUAAAAUAAAGUGUUACUUCAGAUUAAAUGUGAUUACACUGUUUGCCUUGGCACUGAUGAAGACAUGAAGAAGAACAUGUAAGUAGAAUGUUUAUAAAGAAACACUCUCAAAAGUACAUAAUCAGCCCUAAUUUAUACCCCCCUCUGUGCCAUCAAGAGAAUGUCUUUUUCUUGUGCACCUCGGUAGGUUUUCCUCUACAGUAGAUGGUUGAUGUCAGUUUUUAUUAGAGAAGAAUCUCAUGCUAUUUCUAGAACAUGUAUUAUAGUGGCAAUUCACUGCUGGUUUCAAAAGAUUUCUUUUCUCUUUAGGAUGCUUUUAAAGACACUGGACUUGAUCUCAAAAAGCGCAUAUUUUAUAAUGUUAUGCAUAUGUUUUUGCUAGAUGAAUUGAUUUAUAAUGUAUACAGCAAGUUCAGUCACUGAAAGGAAGAAAAAAAUUAACUGGAUUUAUUCACAUUUCUUAUUCAUGCUCAUUUGUUUCCCAAAUAAUACAAUUUUGAGAGGUUUUAUUACAGUUGAUGAAUCAUCUUUGUUGCUAAUGAUAAAUCAUAAAUGUGCAAACUGUCCAUAAAUACAC